AGAAAAACAGUGAAAUGCUCCCAAAACUCCUCCUCUGAAUUGCCCCACAUGAAAUGCUCCAAACCAGCCGUCCCAACUCCAAAUCUCAUGUGACAUUUCUUCACUGGUUCUUAUUGUUCUUCUCUUGCCCUCCCUCCAGGUUAUGGGCUCCAAACUCCCUCCCAACUGAAAUUCCCCAUCCCCAUCCCAACCGAAAUGCCUCAAAUCCCCUCACCACUGAAAUGCCCCAAAUCCCCCGCACCCCAAACCUCAUGGGACCUCUCCUCACUCUUCUCCCUGUUUUCUCACCCCCUCCCCUCAGGUUAUGGGCACGCUGCCCCUGGCACCGACGCGGGCAAGGCCUUCUGCAUGUUCUAUGCGGUGCUGGGCAUCCCGCUGACGCUGGUCAUGUUCCAGAGCCUGGGCGAGCGGAUGAACACGUUCGUGCGCUACCUGCUGAAGCGCAUCAAGAAGUGCUGCGGCAUGCGCAACACAGAGGUGUCCAUGGAGAACAUGGUGACCGUGGGCUUCUUCUCCUGCAUGGGAACGCUGUGCAUCGGGGCUGCCGCCUUCUCCCAGUGCGAGGAGUGGAGCUUCUUCCACGCCUACUACUACUGCUUCAUCACGUUGACUACCAUUGGGUUCGGGGACUACGUGGCCCUGCAGACCAAGGGCGCCCUGCAAAAGAAGCCACUCUACGUGGCCUUUAGCUUUAUGUAUAUCCUAGUGGGGCUGACAGUAAUUGGGGCCUUCCUCAACCUGGUAGUCCUGAGGUUCUUGACCAUGAACAGCGAGGACGAGCGGCGGGAUGCUGAGGAGAGGGCGUCCCUUGCCGGAAACCGAAACAGCAUGGUCAUCCACAUCCCCGAGGAGGCGCGGCAGGGCCGGCCCCGGUACAAGGCGGACGUGGCGGACCUGCAAUCCGUGUGCUCCUGCACAUGCUACCGCCCGCAGGAAUACGGUGGCCGCUCGGCGGCACAUCAGAACUCCUUCAGCGCCAAGCUCGCCCCGCAGUACUUCCACUCCAUCUCUUACAAGAUCGAAGAGAUCUCACCAAGCACAUUAAAAAACAGCCUCUUCCCAUCCCCCAUCAGCUCCAUUUCUCCUGGGUUACACAGCUUUACCGACAACCAUAGGCUGAUGAGACGGCGAAAGUCCAUUUAGGGUGUGGGGAGGGAAAUACGAACAGAAAAAGUCACAUUUGCCAUAUUUGAUGUUACGUUCCAUUAGCCCAACUCGUCUUUUCUUCCUUAUUUAUUUAUUAUUAUUAUCCUUUAUUAUUAUUAUCAUUGUCAUCAUUAUUACUUUCUCUCCUUUCUUUCUUGGUUUCAUUGCUUCCCCGCCUUCCCAGCGAGACAGAGCAGGGCAAAGGGAAAAGAAAGGCCCGUCCUCUGAAACUCGCAUCUGAGCAUGAAGCAUGGAUUUCUUCCUUCCUUCCCAGCGACGUAUGCCUUACAUUUCUCCCCAGCCUGCCCCAUCUCUGGGGUGGUUUUCCCAGGACAAGUGUGAGACCAAGAUCAGGUGACAGAGCUGAGGAUACCCAACCCAAAGUUGCACACCAGGCUGAGAGUUUUGAGUGCCCACCCACAGUGGUGUCUCUGACCUAACUCCUUUCUCUUUUCCUCCCAAGUAGUGGGUGGCUGUGUGUGUGUAUGUGAGUGUGUGGUUUGAGU